GUAAAAGUCCAGGGAAAAAAAAAAGUGUAGUAAGCCGUACGAAAGAUGAAGCCGGAAACGAAGAGAACAAGACGGCGGAACGAUGAGGAAAAGGGUGGUGCAUCUGCGUUCAACCUCGGGUCUCUGAAGAAAGCGAUCGAGGCCAUAGAUGUAGGCCGCAAGGAAAAUACAAUGAACCUAUCGUCGUUGUCUGUGGCGUUAUCCGCAGCGAGCCGUGAGAUGAAGCAAACGGGCAAGUCUCAUCAGCGUAAGAGAGUAAUAGGAAACAGAGGGGAAAAGAUGAAGAAGAAGGAGAAGGAGAAGGUAGCGAUCGGAAGAAAGCCGAAAACGAAGGCAAAACUAGUAAGGUGGCUUUCAAACUUGGAUAAAUCGGUAACAGUGCUAUCAUCAUCAUCAGUGCAGCCGAAGAUACUAUCAAUGCAGCUGCAGCUUUGUGAAUUGAACACAGAUUUCACCAUGAAUCACUGCCUUGAAUCCUUUAGAUAAAACAUUUUACGUCCUAUCCUAUAGCUAGCUAGCGUUUUAUAUAUAUUUCCGAGGGUUUUUAUCUUUCUUUCACUCUUGCUUGUAUCAGUCUUUUUAUUUAUUCAUUGCUCAAUGAAAUGGUGGAGCUGAUGCAACGACAAAGUCUCAUUUUUUAGGACGAUCGGAACAGUGUUUAUUACUAGUAUCAUGCAUCAACAGAGUCUCUC